AUUCGACCAUAAAUUCAUGAAACUGGAAAUUUAUCACAGGUUUCUUGUCGACAGACACUGUGCUAGACCCUACUGUCUAUUGUGAAAUAAAGAAUACGUGCGUCAUAUUCCACAACUUAUUUUUAAUCAAAGAGAAAUAUUCAUUAAAUUUAUAAAUAUUUAAUAAAAGCAAGCUAAAAAAUGUUAGUUAAGAUUAACUGGCUGCUGGUUCUUGUUUUAGCACAGUUGAGUAUUUAUGGAAAUGCUCAAAGUUAUGAAGACAAAAGAUGCAAAUGCAUUUGUCCCAGUAUAAAUUCUGUUAUGAACAACACACAGGAGGAUAAUAACAACAGAAUACUUGUGAUCGAUAAUGUAGCACCGAAUCGAUGCAACUGUGAUCAAGUCAUUCUGCCUAAACUGGCAGAUAAAAUCAAAGGUAAAGAGCAAGAAUUUUGUCCAAGAUGCGAAUGCAAAUAUGAGAAUAGAAACACAACAGUUAUAAAAGUUGUCGUCAUCAUUGUGAUCUGGAUAAUUUCUUUAUUGGCGAUUUACAUGCUGUUCCUAAAUCUUCUUGAGCCGAUUCUCAAUAAACGAGCAAAACAAAACUAUUCUGAGCACAUCAAUGAUGAAGCAAGUAUCAGCUCUAAUGGCUCUAGUGGAUCUGUGUCAGGUCAUCAGCUGCCAAUGGUGAAUGUCAAUGUUGGACGUAGCAAUGUCCUUAAUCGCGUGACAAAUCAGCAAGAUAAAUGGAAACGUCAGGUGCAAGAACAAAGGUCACGGAUCUAUAAUCAACAUUCAAUGUUAAAUUAAGAUCGAGAAAAUGAAACGUAAAUCAUGCAGCUAAAACGAAGAAAUAUCAAAGUCACUGUAAAACCUCGUAAUCUAGAAUAAGAAUAACUCAUCGAGGCAUUCGGAUAUGUGGAUCAAGUUCAAGUAUUUUAAAAGAAAAGCAGAAAAAGAAAGGAAACUUUUCAUUUCUAACUACCUAACUAGUCGUCAUCUUGUAAUUACAUUUCAAUAAAACAAAAAAUACACGAUCCUUUCAACUAUUAUUAAAUAAGCUUAAAGAUUAUGUAAAUAAAUGAAAUAAAUAAAAAUUUCCUUAAAUUUUAGCAGCUGCAUUCAAGACUCGCAAGGAAGAAAAACUUUUCAGAUGCAACGAAAAUAAAUUGUAAUUUUUAGCACAGAGAAAGAGUGCAAUGAC